CUUAUUUCAGCUGCCGUUGCGUCUUUCGGAGUCUGAAACAAACAACAUGAAAGUCGUCGAGAUAAACUUUACGCCGGACUGACCUUCCUGGAACUAUUGAAGCGUUCCUAGAUGCUUUUGCCUAAUCCCAAAAUUGUUUAGACCCGCCCAAAACAUACCAUGUUAAACGAUCUGAGACGAGAUGACAGUUCGGACAAUGCUCGGGGACCUUUUAGUUCUAGAUUAAAUGCUUAAUCCGACGCCGUUGAUGCCAACGUCAGCAAGCCUCCUCAGCUGCAGCAAAAAUCGGGCCUUAUUCCCUGGUAUAGUAUCUUCGGCACAUAGCCGGCAGUCGACCGACCAGCCUAAUUGGAGCCCGCUCAUCAAAUAUCGAAGCCGUUGUCGCAAUCCAGGCCAGCAGACUCCGCACCACCCCGCAAACUUUAGCGCACAAAAAAAAAAAAAAGCCGGGAACCCACCGGUCAUCAAUCCCUCUCCACUGUCCAUUCAACAAGUGUGGAGAUUUCCUAUUCGGAAGAGACCACCCCCGCGAUCAUGUUGAGCAAAUGGAAGGCCACUGAUUAUUCUAAACCGUCAACAUGUCGCACGCAAACCCCGAUUCCAAGACGGAGGCAGAAGUCUCGAGGGCACAGACAGCCGACGAUUACGAUGCCGGGAACCUGAAAGAAGACGCUGGCCAGAAGCGGGAUUACAGCGGUGCCAUUACCAGCACUGACCCCGCCGAAAAGGCGCUUGUUCGAAAGUUGGACUGGCGUAUAAUGCCCACGCUCUGCAUCAUGUACUUUCUCAACUACGUCGACCGCAACGCCAUCGCACAGGCGCGUCUCAACACCCUCGAAAAGGAUCUCGGAAUGAGCGGCUUCGACUUUAACGUCGCCGUCUCGAUCCUGUUUGUCGGCUAUGUGCUGUUCCAAAUCCCCAGCAACAUGUUGAUCACAAGAAUACGGCCUAGCCUCUAUAUGAGCUCGUGGAUGAUUAUCUGGGCCGUCGUUUCUGCUUGCACUGCGCUCGUGCACAACAAGGGCGGGCUGAUUGCUUCUCGUUUCUUCCUGGGUAUCACCGAGGCUCCCUUCUACCCCGGUGCGACCUACAUGCUGUCAAUCUUCUACCCCCGUAGAGAGGUCGCGACCCGCAUUGCCCUCCUAUACUGUGCCCAAAUCCUCGCGACCGGCUUCUCCGGCCUCAUUGCAGCCGGCGUUUUUGCAGGCCUCGACGGUGUCCGUGGGAUUAGUGGUUGGCGAUGGCUCUUCAUCCUCGAGGGUGCAGCCACGGCCUUCAUUGGUCUUCUCGGCUUCUGGCUGCUUCCCGACACGCCCCUGACGACUCGCUGGCUCAACGAAAAGGAGCGCAAAAUUGCCCACGAUCGCAUGGAGCGUGACCGCGUCGACGACCAGGGCGAAUCUUCCGUCAUGAUCGGGCUCAAGCAAGCCGUCAAGGACCCUAAGGCCUGGGCCUUCUGUCUAAUGCAGAACUUCCACUUGUCGGCGUGCUCCUUCAACUCGUUCUUCCCGACUGUCGUCAAAACUCUCAAAUUCAACACUACCCAAACACUCCUCAUGACCUGCCCGCCCUUCAUCGUCGCGGGCAUGUUCGGCAUCGGCAUCGGCUGGUCUUCUGGCCGGCUACACGAGCGCACCUGGCACAUCACUAUCGGACUCGCCCUUGCCGUCGCGGGCUUCGUGCUCGCCGCCGCCGAGAUGUCGGUCGCGGGCCGCUACACGGCGUGCUUCAUCUUUGCCGCCGGCGCCUACUCGGUCAACUCUGUCAUCAUCGGCUGGGCGUCCAGCAGCUGCUCGCAGACAAAGGAGAAGAAGGCGGUCGUGCUGGCCAUGACCAACGUCGCGGGCCAGAUUGGCUACAUCUACGGCGCGUACAUCUGGCCCGACAGCGAUGGGCCGCGGUACACGAUCGGCUUCAGUGCCAGCGCGGCGUUUGCGUUGGGGAGCAUCGCGUGUGCGUGGUGGAUUCGGCUCAUGCUCAUCAGGGAGAACAAGAAGAUGGUCGAGGCGGCGGUGGGAGCGCCGGUUAACCUGUAUGGAUACUGAGGAUGUAUAUAGUGGGGGAUAAAUGACGUAGGGUUUGUAGAUGAGUUGGAUGUUUGUCUGCAGCGUAUCUUACUCUCGGCAAAAGAGUGGUGAUGAUAAUGCAAAGCGGUUGACUUGAAAAUA